AUGGCUGUCUUCUUGGCUUACGAUGUCGACAUGCGGACAGGCAUUUCUCCGAGGUGGUUGGUUUGGCUUGAUUUACUCAGGACAGGCAGCGAAGCCCCACGCAGUUUUGAAGUUCGUUUGUUGAGCACAAUCUUGCACAUCGUUCGUGACGAA